AUGGGGUUGGCUAUUUCACUCGUUUCUUCAUUUCCUGAGAAAGUUUGGUAUCAUCAAUGUAAGAGCAGAGGAGCUAAUUGCUCUAAUACUCGACUUGUAACACAAGGAGGUUGUGCAAAAUGGUUUGACGAGAUUAACUAUUUGGGCGAAAUCGAAGAACAUUUGGGUGUUACAAUUAAUCGAGUGGGUCCAGAUAUGGCUGUUCCAAUUGAUGAAUAUGAUGGAAAAGUUGUAUAUGGUGCUAAGAGAACAAAUGAAGGUGGUCCACAAUUUGGUCACGCAGUGGAGCUAAAAGGCAUUUUGGGCGAGUUGGGAAAUUUGGAACGAGAAGUCCAAUGGUCUUAUUUAAAAUUGUUAAAAUCAUCUGAAUUUGUAAAGUAA